AUGGGGAAAGACAAGAAAAAAGAGGAGGCCGUCUUUCUGAGGAAAAAGAUCACUUUGCUGCGGGCUUUCUCGCUCCUCAUCGGCAGCAUGGUUGGCAGCGGCAUCUUUAUCUCCCCAAAAGGAGUGCUGACAAACUCCGGCACCGUGGGCUUCUCCCUGCUUGUCUGGUUUGCCUGCGGGAUCCUCUCAAUGUUCGGUGCCUUGUGCUACGCAGAACUUGGAACAAGAAUCACCAAGUCUGGAGGACAUUAUAUCUAUAUUUUGGAGACACUAGGGCCUCUGCCAAGUUUCUUAUUCCUGUGGGCAGAGUUUUUUGCUAUCAGGCCUGCCAACAGUGCUGUGGUGUCUUUGGCGUUUGGACGCUACAUGCUGGAGCCGUUUUUUGCCCCCUGUGCAGCCCCCGUCCCUGCUGUGAAGCUCGUGUCUCUCCUGGGGUACUACAUGGUCCUCACCCUCAAUUCCUGGAGCGUCACCUGGAGUGCCCGGCUGCAGACGGCUCUCUCCGUCGUCAAACUCCUGGCUCUUGCUCUCAUCAUUGUGCCAGGGAUGAUGCUGCUGGCCCAGG